AUGGCUGCUCAUCAGUCCAUUCUGUUCCUCGCCUCCGUGCUGGCCCUGCUAGCCCCUCUUCUUGCUCUGGACAUUGAAAACCUGGAAAGACUGAAAGCAAAUUUAGAUGAAAUCAUUAAUCUCCAUUCAGAUGAGCCCCAUCAUGGUAAAGGCAGAGCGAACAUGCAGCAGAGCAGAGCCAGUGACCCUCGGCAGACAGAGCACCGCAGUUGGCCCAAGGACUGCAGCGAGGUCUCUGCUGGCAGCCCCAGCGGCGUCUACGUCAUCUAUCCCACAGGACUGCACCCCAUCGUGGUGUACUGCGAAAUGAAUGUCACGGAUGGGGGCUGGACGGUCAUCCAGAGGAACCAGCAGAGCACGGAGAUCACCUGGGCUGAGUCCUGGAGCACCUACAAGUACGGCUUUGGGAACGUGCACACCGAGUACUGGCUGGGCACCGAGUACAUCCAUCAGAUCUCCAAGCAGAAUGUCUACCAGGUCAGGUUUGUCAUCUGGAAUGCUGCAAACAACAUGAGUUUUGCAGACUACAACCUCUUCGGUGUGGAAGAUGAGUCCCACGGCUACCGGCUUCGGCUGGGAACGUACUCGGGGACAGCAGGGGAUGCCAUGACCUCAAACAGUGCUUCCACCCUCCACGACAACAUGAAGUUCUCUGCUAAAGAUCUGGAUCAGGACACUUCCAGCGGGAACUGUGCCUCCAGCUACGGGGGCGGGUGGUGGUACUCAGCGUGUUAUUCUGUACGGCUGAACAUCAAGGGGGGCAUGACGUGGGGCAGCCUGUGCAACGGGAACUGCAAAGCUUCUGCCAUCCUCAUCAAACCAGCUUCCUACUGCUAG